AAAGAGAAAAUUAUCCCCACCCUUUUACACUCUCUUUCCCCUGUGAAGGCCGUAGUUUUUCCUCUCUUUAGGCUUAAAUACUUCCAUUCUUUAAAUAUAAACAUAUUGGACAACUUGAACAGACGUGCUAAUGUUGUCCACUAGGAACACGAGUUUGGCAUUCCCCCUCCCUAAUCAUCUCGUCUGCAUAAUUAGUCAGUAAUAAUUUAAGGACAGUGCACGACGCGGCCGCGUCAGUCCAGUGUUUGCUCGUGGUAGUGACUAGUCAACAUGGCGGACCCGUUGAGUUUACUUCGUCUUUACAAUGUUAAUAAAAGAGAAAUUAUUGAACGUGAUAAGCAAAUUCAAUUUGGUGAAUUUUCCUGGCCAAAAAAUGUUAAAACAAAUUAUUUGACCUAUGGGUCUGGCAAAGAUGGAGCACCAAAAGAGUAUUACACUCUUGAGUGUUUACUUUUUUUACUCAAACAUGUACAGCUUACACAUCCAGUUUAUGUACGACAAGCAGCUGCAGAAAAUAUUCCAGUAGUACGACGACCCGAUAGAAAAGAUUUAUUAGCUUACUUGAAUGGUGAAACAGCUACAUCAACUGCAAUAGAUAAAUCAGCACCUCUUGAAAUUCCUACACAAGUCAAAAGAACAGCUGAAGAUGGUUUGGAAAGCAGUUUGGUCAAAAAGCCUCGGUUUGAAGAAAUGCAUGUCCAAAAAGUCAAAGAACAACUCGCUGCCAGAUUAGAUGCUCCAAAAGAAUCCAAUGUUUCAGUUGAAAAUAUUAAGUCAUUAUCUGAAGCUAUGUCUGUUGAAAAAAUUGCAGCAAUCAAAGCUAAACGUUUAGCUAAAAAACGUACAACAAUUAAAGAAAAUGACGAUAUUGGAAUGGGAAGUGAUCUUAAGGUUAUUUUGGAUAUGGAUGUUGAUGACACAAAAGAUAUUGUCUCUAGAGAAAGGCAGUGGCGAACAAGAACAACUAUUCUACAGAGCAGUGGAAAGGUAUUUGCCAAAAAUCUUUUUGCUAUAUUAUUAAGUAUUAAGGCUAGAGAAGAAGGUAGGCAAAAAGGACCCAUGGUCCCGACACCAAUGGUUACACCUCGCUCCACUCCAAUGAGACCGUUACCUCAACCUGCAGUAUACAAUCGUUACGAUCAGGAACGUUUUAUUAGGCAAAAAGAAGAAACUGAAGGGUUCAAAAUCGAUACUAUGGGAACAUAUCACGGAAUGACAUUAAAAUCAGUGACGGAGGGAACAAAUCCAGCUAUACGAAAACCACCACAACCAGCUCCUGGAAAUCCUACUGCAACACCAACAUCUGGAUUAUUACCGACUUCUGCCGCGAAACUUACUCCACAACAAGCGGCUCAAAACAAACGACCAAGCAGAACGCCUAUUAUCAUUAUUCCCAGCGCUAACUCAUCUCUUAUUACAAUGUACAACGCGAAAGAAAUUUUACAAGAUUUGAGGUACGUGUCAAACGAAGAAAAGAAAAGACAAGCUACUAAGCGCGAAAAUGAGAUAUUGUUACAAAGGCGAAAGGAAGGUGGUCUGACUGUACCGUAUCGCGUUAUCGAUAAUCCACAAAAGCUAACAAAUGCUGAUUGGGAAAGAGUUGUCGCAGUGUUUGUUAUGGGGCCACAAUGGCAGUUCAAAGGCUGGCCUUUUGAUGAGAAUCCUGUCGAAAUAUUUUCAAAAGUUUGUGCAUUUCACGUAAAAUAUGAUGAAAUGUGUCUGGAUGCAAAUGUGGCGCGAUGGGCGGUCACGGUAAUUGAACUCAGUAAAACAAAACGACACUUAGAUCGAGCUGCUAUUAUGAGGUUCUGGGAAGUACUUGACAAAUAUCUCAUAAAAAAUAAAGCACACUUGCGAUUCUAGUUUGAAUUAUUUCUUUUAUUUGUUUGAGUAAUUUAAUUGAAUUACUUGAUUGAUGGAUAUCAAGCAUACCUUUGCGUACAAGACACAAGACUUGAGGAUGAAUAUUUUGAACUCCAGAAAUCUCUUUUAGCAAUGGUUUUUCACGACAAAUUAAAAGUUGGUUAAAUUAAAAUUUACUUUUAUUAAAAUGUAUACGUUUUGUAUGAAAAAUUAGGAAAAAGAAAAUGCUUUUUUCUCACUUAAAAUUUUGGUGGUAUUCAAACAAGAAUUACUUAUCUAGUUAAAUAUAAAGUUAUGUAUUUGUAAACUGCUACAUUUAUAAAUGAGGAUG